GUGAUACACAUUGUUUACAAGGAAGAGAGAGAGAAAGAGAUUGAAAAUGGAAUUGACCAACGUCAUAGGAUUGGUUCUUGCAAGUGCAGUGAGUGGUUAUGUGUUUGUGUUUUUGUUCCUAAAGAGAGCAAAUGAGUUGUAUUAUUGUUUGGGGAAGAAGAAUUUGCCUCCAGGAGAUAUGGGUUGGCCUGUCAUUGGCAACAUGAGAUCUUUCUCAAGUGCUUUUCAAUCUCCUAACCCAGAAUCCUUCCUCGACAACUUGGUUAAAACGUAUGGAAGAACGGGUAUGUACAAGACGCACUUGUUUGGGAAACCAUUGAUCAUCGUUUCUCUGCCAGAAUUAUCCAAGGCAGUCUUUAACGGAUGACAGAAACUUCAAGCUUGGCUAUCUGAGUUCGGAGAAAAUCGUAGGGAAGAGAUCGUUAGCCGUACUGAAAGGAGUCGAACACAAGCGUCUGCGCAAGCUAACAACCGAUCCGAUCAACGGGCACGAGGCACUGUCGAUGUAUGUUGAACUGAUUGAGGAUGUGGUGAUGGCUUCAUUGGAUGAAUUGGCAAGCAUGAACAAACCUAUUGAGUUAGUCAAUGAAUUAAAGGUCACAGCAUUCAAGAUCAUAGCAUACAUUUUCUUUGGACCCCAAGGUUAUUCAUCUCUUGACCCAUUGAGAAAGUUGUUUGGUGAACAACUUAAAGGAGUCUUUUGCUUGCCUAUCAAUCUCCCUGGCUUUCCAUACUAUAAGUCUUUGAAGGCACGUGAAAAGAUGGUGAGCCUUGUUAAUGGUAGCAUUGAAGAAAGGAAAAUGAGGAACAAAAGUAAUGACUACUCCAAGAGCAAGAAAAGCAUGUUAGAUUUGUUUUUGGAGGUUGAAAAUGAAGAUGGUGAGAAAUUGGACAAUGAGACCAUCAUUGAUUUAUUAGGUUCAAUGUUGGCUGGUGGUCAUGAAGCGACGGCAAUUGCUACAAUAUGGUUAUUGACAUACCUUAGUGAUAAUCCCCAAAUCUUACAAAAAGUUAAGGAGGAACAAGACAAUAUCAUAUCGAGCAGGUCAUCUACACAAGAGGGAUUGACUAUGACGGAGAUUAAACAAAUGGGUUACACAGCUAAGGUAAUUCAAGAAGCACUUCGCAUGACUAAUGUUGGAAUCGGAGCAUUUCGUGAUGCAAAGGCCGAUGUGAAGAUUAAUGGAUACAAUAUCCCCAAAGGAUGGAGAGUUUUGAUAAAUUUUCGAGGCGUCCAUUUGGAUCCCGAAAUCUUUACAAACCCUAAAACAUUUGAUCCUUCAAGAUGGGAUAAUAUGAAUAUCAAAGCUGGAGCUUAUACACCAUUUGGACUUGGGAGUAGGAUUUGCCCCGGAAAUGACUUAGCCAAGCUUGAACUCCUCAUUAUCCUUCAUUGUGUCCUCCUUCACUACAAGUUGGAGCGAAUUAAUCCAGAGUGCAAAGUGAGGUUCUUUCCAAUGCCACUGCAUACAGACAAUUAUCUGGUCAAAAUCACAAAAUUGAAGUAGUACUGGUAAAUAAUAUUGUACCAAGUGGAAAAUGUGUGUGCUUUUUCUAAGUUAAAAAAUUAAGUGGUAUGGUAAAAUACUUAUGUCAUUGCAUGUAAUAGUCAUUAAUCCUGGCUGUAUUAAUUAUUUUCCUAUGAAUGAGACAUAUAUGUACGUGUUUGCGCAAAUACUCUACCCAGGAGCACCACUUGUGAAGACUGUGAAACCAGGAAGGACAAAAACCUAUGGGUUUGACUGAUACUUUGUAAAUCCAGCCAUAGAACGCGCGAGCUUCAACAGACAAACAAACUGAGCUUGAGCACCCGGAUUGGCCAGAUGAGCCAAAAGACGUACAGAACAAACUCGACUUUGAUUAAGGAUUCCAGACACUAGAGUAGGCCUCCCAGUCAAGCCUUCUCGAGCUUCUUCGUCUUGAUUCAAAGAUUCCCCUCGCCGUCAAGGAGGGUGAGGUCGGAGAACAGCUUCUGGGGAAGGAAAGAUCUAGAAUUGAGGAAGAAGAUAAAAGUGAGGGAGCGGAAGAGAGAGAUUGAGAGAGAAGAUAAAGAAAGAAAGAUUUUUAAUUGUAAAAUAUGAGCUGAGAAUUUUUUUUUUUAAAAAAAGGGUUUUUUUGCAGCCAUCAGAUCAAUUUGAUGGUCAGCAAUGUUCACCGGUUGGGUCCAGUGUUUUUGAACAUUGGAUCUCCCCCGGAUCCUUUUUGGGUCCGGAUGCCUAUUUUCUUAGGUUUGUGUUUGUAAUUUUUUAAAUUAUUAACAUAGUGUUAGGUGUAACUUUUGUUUUCGUGGAAUGGAUUAUUAGGGCUUCUA